UGACGGUUUUCAUUGGUAGCUCUUCUAGCAAGUAGUGGUUAGGUGGAAGGUAAUUUUAGUAAAUUAUUUGAUCUUAUGAAUGAUCAAAGUUGGUUUUCCUAGGUAGUAGCACAGUUUUUGAUUUAACCAUAAUGGAAACUGAGAACAUGCAGCCUGUUGACAUGGAUUUGACAGGAGAUUUUUCUGUCAGCAGUCAUUUAGUCCAACAGACUGUGAUGUCUGGUGGAGCUGAGCAGCAGAUGAUGCAAAUUUACCUCAGAGUCCGGCCCUUUUCCGAAGAGGAGCUCUCUGCCAAUGAGGAUCAGGACUGUGUUGUGAUUGAAGACGGACAGACAGUGACUCUGAACGCGCCGAAGGGGUCUGCCAACAUGAAGAGCAGCGAGAAGGGAAUUGGCUUGUCCAUUCAUAAAUUCACCGUCUCAAAGGUUUUUGGACCACAGACGACUCAAGGUGAACUGUUUGAGGACACGGUGAAAAGCCAAGUGUUUGAUUUCUUAGAAGGAAAAAAUGCUUUGAUUUUCAGCUAUGGUGUAACCAAUGCUGGGAAAUCCUUCACAAUCCAAGGAACACUGAAAGAUCCAGGGAUUCUUCCAAGAGUGUUGGUUGCCACCUUUCACUACAUGGGAGGUCAUCAGUACAAAGAAAUGGACCUAAAACCGUAUCUGAGGAAUGGUGCACAGUGUCUGGAUCCUGACCAAGUCAAGCAGGAGAGAACUGCUAAAAUGGCUAUUCUUGCCUCAAUCAGAGAAGAAGGUGAUCAUCAAAGAACCAGGAGCAGUUCAGAGCCCCUGAUCACUUCUGACAGCUGUCUUUCAUCUUUCUCUUCAUCCAACAAUCUAACAGUGUUCUCCGGCAGCCCAGCAGAAGCCAGUAGCGACCAGUUUGCCCUGUGGGUGGCGUUUUUUGAAAUCUACAAUGAGUGCGUGUAUGACCUCCUCCAGCCGACGCUUUCCAAGAAGCGCUCGUCUCUACGCGUGUGUGACGACGGGGCUGGAAAUGCUUAUGUGAAAGAUCUCAGGUGGAUUAACAUCCAGAAUCUGAGCGAAGCCAACAAGUUGCUUCAAUUUGGAAAUAAAAACAGAAGUGCUGCAGCCACUAAGAUGAAUCAGUCCUCAAGCAGAAGCCAUGGAAUAUUCACCAUGAAGUUACUGAAGAUUGAGGGAAAGACCUUGAAAAGGAUUUCUGAGUUCUCUCUGUGUGACCUGGCUGGUUCGGAAAGAUGCAACAAAACAAAGACAUUUGGAGAGCGACUAAAGGAAGCCGGGAAUAUCAACAAUUCCCUCCUGAUUUUGGGCAAAUGCAUCAACUUCCUCCGUAACAAUCAGACUGACAGAAUGAAGGUCGGCUACAUUCCUUUCCGUGAAAGCAAGCUCACCAAGCUCUUCCAGGCUUUUUUUUGCGGCAAAGGAAUGGCCUCAAUGAUCGUCAACAUCAACCAGUGUGCAUCCACUUAUGAUGAGACCCUUCAUGUUAUGAAAUUUUCUGCUGUCGCUAAACAGGUGGUGCAGGUGAUUCAAGACAAGCAUGUGGUGUCUCUGGCCCCUUGUCUGGUCGGUCGAGAUGGGAAGCCACUGUUGAGGGAUGGUGUGAUUGACAAUCGGGUGCUAGAGAGCUACCUGUCUGAAGACGAGUUGCUUGACGAAGAGGAUGAGGGUGACAUGAGUUUGCUGCCGCAGAAUGAGCUUCUGAACACGAUUGAGAACCUGCGGACUAAGCUCUUUGCUGAGCGAAAGAAGAAUCUGGUGCAGGAAAUGGAAAUCCGUAAAGAAAUGGGAGAUGCCAUGUUGCAACAGCUCUUGGAGAGCGAAGAACUCCGCAUUCGGGAGAUUGAAGAGCUGAAAGAGAGUCAUGCAGAAAAGCUGGAGAACACGUUUGAACUGUACAGAGAUGCAAUCAAGGAGCAUGCUUAUCAGUGCGCAAUGAACAAUCUGGAGGAUAAUUAUGUACCGCUUGAUGAGUUCACCGCUGAACAGGAGAAAGCUGAGACCCUAAGACGUAAAGUGUUUGAGUUGGAGGACUUGGUGGCCGGCACAAGGGGUUUUGCAUUAGUUUCAACAGUGGAGAAAUGGUGCCAGACAGAACCGUUGCCAGAUGUAGCAGAAGCAGAUCAUCGAUGCAAACAUCUUUACCAAGAAAAAUGUGUCCAUGAAAGAAUGUGUGAGGAUAAGCAACAGUUGAUUUUAUCUUUAGAGAAAAGGCUAAUGGCUCUAAGCCAAACUCUGGAAGAUGUCAGGGAUAGUUUUCUGGAGAAAUCAGCUGAUCUGGAGGCUCUGCAGAAGAAGGCUGACAAACAGUCAAAAUCAACAGGAGAUGUUCUGCGGCAAAAUGCUGAAAAGGACAGGGAGAUUGCCUCGCUUAAGACUCAAAUUGAAAAGCUCUCCCAGAAGUGCCCUGUGCAGCCCAAGACAAAGAGAGGCCUUCUGGCCAACAUCAAGGAGGCAGUCACAUCACCUCGGAAGGGUACAUCCAGCCGCAAUCUCGGGAAAACUCCCAAGACUCCCCAACACUGAAAAUCCCAGCACCUGUACUUUCUGUAAGGGGUUUAGAAAUGUAACUAUGUAUUUUUAACUCUGCAACAUUUUAGGAGUAUCUUGCAAAAUCUCCACAAAAAGUAUAAAAUGUAACCUAUUCCCAGGCAUUCUUGUUUUUAACAUUUUAAAUGUUUUAAUAAAAUUCUGUUGACCCCAA